AUGACCGCGGUACAUCCUACCCGAGGGCUCAGACAAGAAGAGACAAUCGUCGGUCGCUUGCAUACUCUUGGUGUCUCUCCUACCUCGGCAACACUUCUUAAACCAACUCCAUGUCUCUUUUCCCUCUCGCUUUCCUCCGAAGAAAUGGCCAUGACCAUGGCCGAUAAUGUUAUCAGGAAAGCCUGCGAUCGCUGCCAUUUCCAGAAGCUGAGCUGUAAGCGUGUCGGCGACGAAGCCUGCGAGCGCUGUGUGCGUCUUCACGCCGAAUGCAAGUCCAGUCCCUCUCUGCGGUAUAAGAAGCAAGUCCAGCAGCAGAAAAGCCAUCACCAGCAGCAGCCGCCACAACAGCCGCAACAGCAGCAGCAGAAUCAGCAGCAGCAACAGCAGCAGCAGCAGCAGCAACACCAUCACCAUCAACAACUUCCUCAGCAGCAACAACAGCAGCAACAAGAACAGCAACAGAAACAGCAACAACAGAUACAGCAGAUUCAACAGAUACAGCAUCAGCACCUGCUGCUGCAGAAUCAACAAGCGCAUCAGCAGCAUCCAACUCCAAGCUCGCAACCUAUCCUGAGUGGGCAUCCAUCACCAAGGCGACGGAGGACGGGAAGCGACCUGAACCUCAUCCAACCCGAAGCAGAACCCAUUUCACCGCAAGCAGGCGACUUUGCGACGGCCCACCACCCUGUCGCCGGCCCUGACACGGCUCUUGAGCUCGGGGACUUCAACUUUAAUUUUGAGCAGCUGGCAUUCUUGACACCUACGCAAGUGGAACCUUUGACUGUGCUUCCUGGGACGGCCGAUCAGUUUCAAAAUCCACCACCGUUCACGGAAGCUUGGGAACAACAGUUGGCGUCGACUUCGGAAGGAUUCCCGGCUCCAGUUGCACCUCAUCCGUUCUCACCCUCGAGCGGUUCUCCGUUUCAUCGACCCGUGCCUUCGCUUGCGCCGAAGAGACGAUCUUGCAUAGGCGAGAACGUCGGGACGGACAGACGUCAGCGGAAGCGACCGAGGCACCGGGCGAGACAAAUCGCGUUGAGGCACGUAGCCCACGCACCCAUGCAGAGUCGGGAGGUACCGACAUCUCACUGGAUGGCGCAACUAACCGAUAUCAAUUCCCGCUUGCUUGACCUGGCGUCCAUCCUGCCGCAGCACUUUGGCGUGGUGGUGAACGGAAAUGGUCUCUCGACGGGUGACGGCAACGGGUUCCCCAUCGACGAGAUGUUCAAGCUUACGCGAGGCGUAGCCGACAUCCUCGACCGGCUCUCUGGUGUAGGCCGAAGUAAAGAUAGCAAACGGUCGGACGGCAAAGACCCGGGCAACGACAUGUUCGUUCUUUCGACCUAUGUUCGUCUGCUGGAUAUGUACCAACGCGUUUUCACCCUCGUCCGCCACGAGAUCGCCGAGCCAGACUCUGGCGUCGCAUUCCGAUGCUGGAAGUUGCCGGACGUGACGGUUGGUUCCUUUGCCGUCGAGUCGUCACCGUGGCUCCAAAUGUCACUGACGAUCCAGCUCGCGGAAGAAUUCCUCAUUCGGCUGCGCAACGCUACGGCCGCGCUCGACCCUGCGCUUCGAAGCGGCGAGCCGCAGCCGGUUUGCGACGGAACCAAUGGCAACUCGACAUUUUUCGACGUCGUGGAUGCAUCAUUCUACGCCGUGAGGGCCAAGGAGGAGAGCUUGUUGAAGGACCUGGCGGAGCUUCGGGACAAGAUUGAGGCCUUUUUGGAUGGUUAG